AAUACUAUAACAGUAACACACUCUCUCAUAAGCAUUCCAAACAAAUCAAAUGGAUUCCACUGAGCUUAUUUCUCAACAAUGGAGUUCUCUUAGCGGACUCUACACUGCCGAGGAAGCUGACUUUAUGAACCACUUUCUUGGUAACUCCUCACUCCCACAACACCUCUAUCAAAAUUCCAAUUUUCGAACUGAAUCUGCAUUUUGGCCUUCCCAUGAUUCCACAAUUGUUACUGUCACAAAAAACAACAAUGACGACUCUAACUUUGCUGCGCAAGUUCGUAGCUCAACUUACGAUAGUAGUAAUAUCUUCCCCGCAACAAGUUGCAUCGUCAACAAUCCAGUAACCAACUUUGGCUAUAUUUCUAUGGGUCUUUCCAUAGGCGAUUCCAAAUUCACACCAUUUACAACGCAACCUGAUGAAAAAGUUCUAGCUCACAAAAAUUUGCAGGCCCCAAAGGAACAUGAAAUACUAAUUUCUGAACCAGAAGAGGAUAAAACCACUAGCACAGAAAAAUCAGGAAAAAGAUCUAGAAGCUCCAAUGAGGUCCCAAAGAACAAGAGGAAUGUUAAAUGCAGGAAGAAUAUGAGAUGUGCUUCUAGAAGCACUGAGGAUCAGACCAUAAGCAGUUGUUGUUCAGAGGAUGAAUCCAAUUCUUCUCAUGAGCUACGUGGAGGGUCAUCUUCAAGUUUGAGCCAGAACGAUUCUACAGCUCUCAAGUUAAGUGGCAAAUCAAGAUCAAGCAGAGGUCCUGCUACUGACCCACAAAGCCUCUAUGCAAGGAAAAGAAGAGAAAGAAUAAAUGAAAGGUUGAGAAUCCUACAAAACCUUGUCCCAAAUGGAACUAAGGUGGAUAUCAGCACCAUGCUUGAGGAAGCUGUCCAAUAUGUGAAGUUUUUACAGCUUCAAAUUAAGCUUCUAAGCUCUGAUGAUUUGUGGAUGUACUCUCCUAUUGCUUACAAUGGAAUGAACAUUGGACUGGAACUUGGUAUUACCCCAACAAAGGGUAUGCAUAGCAUCGCAAUAAAAGAACAUUCAGCAGUUUAAGAGACUCAGAUUCCAUUGUGAAUUUUUUUGCUCCCUUCUGUUUAAAUGGCAUUUGAUCCUUUUUUUGACAUAAGAGGGCAUUUAUUCCUUAGCAAUAUGAAUUUGAUUACAAAGCAAACCAUUGCUUACAACCUCAUAUACUU